CAAGCCAACUGAGAAUUUCGCGAACCGAGUCUCCGUUCUAAUUCCUAGCUCAAAGGCCUCUUAGCGAGAAGGAACGACUGUCCUCCUUCGCUGGCUAAGGCAGACUCUAGAGGGUUUGAACGGAAGUCUAUAACCGGCGAGGAGUCGCAUUGUUGGUGACUUGUUGUAGCGGUGGUGAACCUCUGGUCGAGAUGGCCGCUUCUCAUAACGGUCGGCUCUCGGAUGACAUCCUCCUUAUGAUCUUCAAGCUGGUAUGCGAAGAAGACCAAGCUGCCUUGAACGAUUAUCUCGAGAAAGAAAAUGUUCUCAUACACAGUCACUGGGACGAUUGGGGAGAAGAAUUUAUUCAUGGUGAUUAUGACCAGUGGAAAAUCGACCUAGCAGAUUCACUUAGCGCUGGCAAUGUGGAUGAACCUCCACCUCCAUCAACGCUCUCGCGAGCUAUGAGUGUUUGCAAGCAUUGGUACUCACUCGUAUCACAGACUCCAUCAAUGUGGACUGUACUGGAAAUCUCCUUCCGCGAAGGUGCUGCAGCUCUUGAACAUGCGCGGACAUUUCUCCAGCGUGGCGGGUCACGCCUCAUUUCAAUCACACUUCUUUGGGAUGACCCCGCUUGGAUUGUGCCACUAUGUGAAGAAGAGAUUGAGGGAGGAUUACCGCCCCCAUCGCAUGAAGAAAUGAUGGCCGGUGUCUAUCUUGGCUCGGUCAUUCAGGAGCUAUAUGCCCAUGUGCAUCGCUGGCGCGAGUUUACGCUCAGGACGACCUCCUUUGCCCACACACGUCAAGCGCUUUUGUUGAUGUCACGCCCAUCCGCUCAUUCUGCCCGUGGACUAGAAAAACUACAUCUUCAAUUCGUACACAAUCCACGUCAUGCAGUUCACUAUAUCAGCGAACCAUCGCUUUUCCCUGGCUCAACGCCUCCCGUCCGUGAUCUUGUUAUUUUUGGCAUAAGUUGGGCGUGGCCAUCAUCAGCCAUGUUAUCGGCUAAUCUCGUGGACCUGCGGAUCCAUUAUCUUUCUAUCAUGAAUGAAGGCAACGAUGAUGCAAACCACGGUUCUGAAGAAAAAAUAUUGUCGCAGUUCCUUGGCACACUCGUCAACCUCCGGACUCUGGCGCUCGAGGUGGACCUUUCAUCAUUUACUGCAGAAACCAUCGAGUUGCCUCGCUUGCAUAGCCUGGCUAUCAAGUCGAGCACAAUGUCAUCCUGGGCCGUGGAUUUUCUUCACAAUGUUCAAAUGCCUGAACUCCGGAUCUUGACCUUAUGUAUAAAUACAGAGGACUUCGAGGAGGAAAAUGUUGGAGAUAUCCUCGAUGAGUUGGUAAAUCUUACUGAUUCUGACGAGAAUCCUGAAACUCCUCUGGAGCUAGAUGAACUCCAUCUUUUUAAUUUCUCACGUGGUGUAGAUGUUGAUACGAUCCGUCGCCUGUUCACCCAGAUGCUCACGGUCGAAACAUUAACAUUGGGACCAGGGGCGAUCAACAAUGUCGCCCUGGCAAUGGGGCUGCUCCCCACACCCCACGGCGGACUGGCGGAGCUCCCUCUCAGUGGAAUUCAGACAUUUAUCUUGUUUGAUAUUCCAAAGUAUCUCAUACGGCAAAUCGUACUAGAACGACAGUCUCUCGCUGGUCCAAUGGAGGAGCUCUACUGUCGUUACCGUGAAGGCAAAGAAGCAGAUGAUUGGCAACGACAUGUCGAGAAAUUCCAUCGUAUCGAUAAGUUGAAGUCUGAUCGUUACACUGACGUAGUUGCCAGGCGGUGGUCAUAUUUAGUCUAGUAUCCCAUUCACUUACUAGUCGAAAUAGUAAACAUUGUAUAUUGUGAUCAAGUCAAACCCAUCUCAUAUGUCAACACAUUAGAAGUAAACUCAUUUGGAGCUCAUUAAUUAGCAUUCAGCGCGCGCAGCAGUGACAGGUAGGAUACAAUUUUAUUCGUCCUGGCUAGCAAGGAUG